AUGAUAAUGAAGGAAGAAAAAGAUACGGUGAAAAAAACUCUUUUACGACGUCGUAGUGAUCCAACUUCAAGCCAUGUUGGCACACUUGAUACGAUUGUGGCAGCCGAAUUACCAUGGGGUUCGUUGAAAGUGAUUACUAUAAGUGGUGUUGAUUUUACAUCCCCACCAGGUCAUUUUGCUGUUAAGUCAUUAUUACAAGAAUUAUUCAUCCUUCUCGAUCGUAGAGUUCAUUCUAUCGAAGAUGGAGACAUUGAACGUAAUAUUAACAAGACACUUCAAAUUGGGGAUGACACUUAUAUAGAAAAUCUUCUACGAGUCUUUAACAUACUUUGCGAACAUUGCUUGCCAUCUAUUCUUGCAACAUUGAUAACGUGGUAUGAAAAACAACUGAAACGUUUCGAGGGAUUGAGUGAAAAAACCGCGAAAUCAGAUGAACAACGUUUAGCAAUCAAUUAUCUGUUUUGCAUCGUAUUAAUUGAAGUUUUACCGCAGCUACACUUUUUUCCCACCAUUUGUGAUAAUUCCGUAUCUUACAUUGUGGCUUUGGCAUUUGACGAAGUUGCAUAUCGUGAACUUUCAGUAUUCGGUUCAAAUUACAACAAUUAUUUACUGGUAGCCGAACGUUAUGCCGAGGUUCUUGGUGUUUUGUCACAGACGCACGCUGUUCUAAUACAGCGAACAUUUCUUAAUACAUUGGACGAGCUCCGAAAGGAGAAUCCAACGACUCGAUUUAAUACGAAUUGUAUAAUAGCCUUGCUAAUGGCAAUGAAAUUCUAUAGAAUAAAAACCAAUGACGUCGCCGAAUUCGAAAUUGGUGUACGUUUCUUAGAUGAACUUGGACAGUAUUAUUUGGAUGUCAAACAAAAAGAUAUCAAACAUGCAAUUGCGGGAUUGUUAGUUGAGAUUCUUCUUCCAGUUGCAGCUCAAAUCAAAACAGAGGCAAAUAUACCUGCGGUAAUAUCAUUUGUUGAUAAACUUUAUGCGCCUACAUUUGAACUGGUUAAUAAAAAACGCGAUAAAAUGGCAGCAUAUCCGUUGCUAACAUGCUUACUGUGUAUUAGUCAGAGUAAAUUUUUCUUAAUGAAUUGGGCACAGUUUCUCAAUUCUACCUUGGCAAGUUUGAAAAACAAAGAUCCGAAAGUAUCCAGAGUUGCAUUGGAAUCCUUGUAUCGCCUGCUCUGGGUAUAUGUGAUACGAAAUAAUUGUGAAGGUAGUACCGCUACGCGAAAUCGGUUGGAAUCAAUUUGUAAUUCAUUAUUUCCGAAAGGUAACCGAGCUGUGGUACCGCGUGAUGCACCGUUGAACAUCUUCGUUAAAAUUAUUCAUUUUAUAGCGCAGCAAAAGCUUGAUUUUGCUUUUAAGGAAAUAAUAUUCGACUUGUUGGGUUGCAACAGGGCGCACAGUGUACUGAAAAGUUCGAUCUAUCCCGAACGUAUGAAUAUCGGAAUACGAGCAUUAAUGGUUAUAGCAAAUAGCCUGCAGCAGAAGGAAGGACCGCCUGAUAUGCCACGUUCAAUGGCUCUAAGUUCUUCCCAAAGAUUGAAGAAAACAUACAUUUCUCGUCCUCUAACAGCUGAAAUUGCUCGUUCAAUUGGCAUUGAGCUUUACUACGCACCAUGUAGACGAGCUUUUGAUUCAAUUCUAAGAGCAUUGGAUUCACAGGUUGGGAAGCCGUUAAUGAUGACUGCUGCACAUGCUCGAGGGAAAGAACCGGAAGAGCUGUUAACAGGUGACGUAAAACCUAAGUUGGAUCUAUAUCGUACUUGCAUUGCAGCGAUUCCACGCCUUCUUCCGGAAUCAAUGAGUCAUUCGGAACUUGUCGAAUUGUUAGUGCGAAUGAAUGUGCACAUUGACGAAGAACUACGAGUGCAUGCCGCGCAAUCGUUGCAAACGCUUAUGAGCGAAUGUGCAGAAUGGCGUGAAGAUAUUAUCCAUUCUUACCUUAAUUAUAUGAUAACUCAGUUUUCUGACACAUAUCCACUUCUACUUGAUUCGUUAUUACGACUUUUAUACCAGCUAUUGUUUACGUGGAAAACAGCUGCAUAUAUGGAAAAAAAGCGUGAAAUGAACGGUGACUCCGAGCGAGAUAGCGGUUUCAUUAAUCCUCUAAGAAUGCAAAUUUCGCCGAUGUUAACAAAUUCAAUUGCUAUCGCGUUGCAUGCAGUAGAAGGUUUUGCGCUUGCAAUGAUGUGUCAGUACAGGACACAAUCCAGAAAAAUUUCUAUAAAUAUUUUGAAAGAGGUACGGCACUUACUAACGCUUGUAACAUCGCAGCAGCAUGAUACACCUGUGAUUGAGGUGUUAGAUAAUGCAACACCCUAUGUGAUCAAUAAAUACAUCGAGCAUGUCCCGCUCUACGAAAGACAGUCAUGGAAUCAUGAUUUUUCAUCGGCCUCUGAUAAAAUUGCAUCAGUCGAAACAGAUAGCUGCUUGGUGAAUAGUGAUAUAGGCAAUGAAUAUUUUCGGUGGGAUGCAUGGGCUUCUGCUCUUUCUGGUUAUUGCGAACAUCGUUUUCUAUUAACGCAAUGUCCAACAGCCGUUUUCCAUGCCUGGCCUGUAGUACAAGCUCGAUUGAGUGCAUGCAAUGGUUUUGUGGAUCCAAAUAAUCCACAAAAUGAAAAUCGGGCAUCUUUGUUGCGAUCGUCAAAAAGUAAAGCCACGGCUUCGCCAUUAUGUGGUGAAUCGCUUGGUCAGGAUAACUAUUUGGCAUUGUGGCAAAAAUAUCUUGUAAUGGCCUGCGCACUUGCACCACCUCAUGCUGAUUAUACAGCUACCCAUAGUCGAGGAUUUUCACCUACUUCGUCAGUGGACAAUGAUGUCUUUCGUUCUUUGGCGUCAUCCGUCCGCGCACAACGGCCAUCUGCUUCGGUGAAUGCUACGUUUUUUCUGAAAGUUGUAAAUAUGUUACGUUGGGAACAUAUGACUGAUAUGCGUGAUAGUGUCGUAUUGGGUAUUGGAUCAACAAAUCCUCUAGCAUUUGAAGCACUUCUUGAUGAGAUGAAAGGGCUUCUAAGAGAAGUAAUGGAUCGGAAAAACGAUAAUAAUGCUCGAAGGAAGAAGCGAAAAGAUCUGUUACGACUACAAAUAAUCCGUAUACUUCAGGUUGCAACAUUUCGGGGUGUACUGCAAUGUUCAGGUUGUAUUGAUGUUGAAAGUGGACUUUAUUCUGUCCUUGUCGACUUUUUGGACUCCAUGCGGCAGAAUUUAGAAUCUGAUCAGGAUCGUGAUAUGUUGUUGUUAACAAGUUUGCGAUUGCAUUUUGCAAAAACUGUGGCAAUGAUUAUUAAUAGCAUUGCACCUGAAAAAAGGCGAAACUUGUUGGGAAAUAAUUUGAAACAGAAUUUGUUUUUCUUAUUCACUUCAUGGUGUAGUAGAAGCAUUGCAUCUGAUAAAAGGCACGACGGAAACAUUGGAACAUACGUAGAACAACGAGCUGUUGAAGCGAUGUGUGCUUUAUUAUGUUGCGGACCAAUAUUUGAACCGAUUAAAGCUAUUGGAGAAGAUGGUUAUUUGUAUGGAUGGCUAGGAGCUUUGCUUGAUUCAGAUAAUCCUCUGCUCGAAAAAUUGUUCGAAUCUACGUUAAGUACGAUGCUUGAUUUGAAUGAUGAAACAUCGCAACUUCUCGAAUGGACAAUUAAUGUUUGCUAUUCCAAACCUGCUUAUGUGGCAGCAAAAAGCUUCCGUUCAUUGGUCAUGCUUUUCUCCCGAAGAGAAUAUCCUUGUGAGUUCGAUUCAUUGUUUGUCCUCUGUCAGAUGUUAGCAGGGGACAGUGAUACACAUGUUUCUGAACCCGCGGUGCAGCUUCUUCAUCUUCUGCGACGACAGUUUCUUGAUGAUUCCUUGACUACACCAAAUCUUACCAAUUUGCAUAAUUUCUCAUCGAACCAAAUCGAAAUUUGUCGUUUGUUAGCAAAAACAUAUCCAAAAAUAACGAUGUCGGUUUUUUCAGAAGUUUGCUUUCGUGUUGAAAGUGAUAAAUGCAACAGAAGAACUGCUAUAUUAUCUCUGCUUUCUGCAUGGUUGGAAAACAUUCAGCUUGUGGAUCCUCAAGAAGACAUUGCUGCACAGGAAAGUGACGGGGUAAAAUCAAGAUGGGGUUCAACCGAAGCAACUCAGCUUAUCCUGAAUAAUCUCCUUUAUUUAACAGUAACAUUGUCUGAUGUGCAUUUCAAAGAAAUAUCAUUACUGUGGAACACGUUAUCUAUAUCACACCCAGCGAAUUUGCCAAUAAUUGUGAACUAUCUGUUUGUGAUGGCUUCCUUGUCGCCUGAUAUGUUGUUGCCACAUACGAAACGUGUAUGCUGUUUCUUGAUGGAUUUAAGUGCGCGUAACUUGCUCAAAAUUCUAAUGAAUGAAAUGGAUUGUGUAAACGAGCAAUUCAAAGCAAAUUUGGAACGAUGUGAAAUGCCACCAUUCUACCGUUUCCAGAAUAUCUUGGAAACACCAUAUGAAAAACAAAUAAUAACAAAAAUGAAGGAGACCGGUAUAUGUACUGCCGAAACAGAAUCCGCUAGUCCA